UAUUUAAUGCAUCCUUCGAUGCAGCAGACAGGUCGUUGUACUCGCCUCACGAGCAUGCAUAAUAAUCAUCUUAUUAUAGGAUGGAACGAAUACGAUAGUCAACAACUUUUCAACAUAUUCGUAUUAACCUCUGAUAUGGACAUAUCGGAAUCUUCAUGUUACAGAGAUUUCGAAUGGGCGAUUGAACUAAACCGUCUGACUUUAAAUUGGAUCGGCUUAUGGCCUAUCACCGAUAAAGUCGGUACGAAAAGAUUCGGAUCUGACAUUCGCAUGGGUUUGAUUUUCAUAAUGAUAACAUUUUUCUUUCUAAUUCCUCUUGUUUGUGCGCUUAUGCGAGUAUGGGGCGAUAUGGUACUAAUGAUAGACAAUUUACGAGUUACAUUACCUAUAUUAUCGGUUUUACUAAAAUUUGUCAUCAUGCGAUGGAAGCAAUCAAUUGUUUUAUCGAUCAUAAGCAUGGUUAAAGAAGAUUGGAUGACAUUGAAAUUAGAUGCAGAAAGAGAUGUAAUGAUAAAGCGUAUGGGAACUGCUCGACUGAUUGUAAUUUGUGUAUAUGUUCUGGCGAUAUUUGCGUUAAUUAUGGUUACCAUUUUUCCUUAUUUUGGUCUACCGUUCAGACGUCUAACAAAUCUCACGGAUCGAAAUAAACCGUUACCGUUCCAGACAUAUUAUUUCUACGACACAGAUAAAAAUCCGCAGUUCCAUUUAACAUAUCUUACUCAAGUCAUAACGGUGCUUCUGAUCACGAUAAUUUAUAUGUCAGUAGAUACUUUUUUUGGAUUCGUGAUUCUUCAUAUCUGCGGCCAAUUAGAAAACUUUAGACGCCGGUUAGUCAAUUUGGACAAAAAGUUUAACAAAGCUUUGAGAAACAACGUAAUGACUCAUUUACGACUUAUCAGAUAUGUCAAUAACGCUGAAGAUAUAUUCACUUUAAUGAUGCUUGGAUCGAUAAUAUAUUUUAGCAUUAUAUUUUGUCUAUCUGGAUUUGCGUUGCUUGUUGUGAUUAAUAAUGAGAAGAUAAAUGCCGCGAAUUUCUCACAAAUAUGCUACAUGAUAGCAGCUAUCAUUAUUAUUUUUAUGCAAAUGUUUUUCUAUUGCUAUGCCGGAGAGCUAAUAAUAGAACAAUGGGAAGCAGUAUACCAUGCUGUCUGCGAUCGUGAUUGGUAUAAAUGGGAGUUAAAACAAGCGAAAAAUAUUAUUCUAUUAAUGGUACGAGUUCAGCAACCCUGCGGUAUCACUGCAGGAAAGAUUGUUCCAUUAACGAUGACCACAUUUUGCAGCCUAUUAAAAACGUCAGUUGGUUAUGUAUCGUUUUUAUCGGCAAUGAUGGAUUAA